UGAAUCCUGACCUGAGCAGUGUGAUCUCGGUGGAAUUCAUGGCCAACGACCGGCUGCGAGCGCUGGAGGACGUGGAGAAGGAGAUCGCGGUGAUCCUGCAGUGUGCCGGGAACGUGGUGCUGGAGCUCUCGAAAGAGAAGCCCAACGGCAGCCUCCUGGAUCGCCAGCUCAGCCAGUUCACCAGUGCUGUGAACAGGGUGGAAAGUGAGCUGAGCUCCCAGAUCCGCUACCUCACGCAGGUGGCCACUGGCCAGCCACAUGAGGGCUCUACGUACUCUGCUCGCAAGGACUGCCAGAUGGCGUUGAACCGUGCAGAGUACGCUCGCGUGAAGCUUGGAGAGUUGGGCCGAACCUGCGAAGUUCUGUUGGAUCCACAGACAUGAAACAUCAUCCACAUAUAAUUCAGACUGCUAUAAGCAAUCCCCUAUCCCUGUUUUUGCUUAUUGUUCAAAAUCCUGCUGUCUAUUUGAAAACCACAUCUGUGUUUUUAAUCCUGGAAACAAAAGUGGACAGUGGUGGCUGCUGAUGUAGUCUUUGUCCAGUUGAAUUCCAGAGGAUGCUGACUGCUGGACAGACAUGUCCCUUGGGGUAACUUAUCCCUCCUACAGCUGAGUGGUACAGCCACUAUGACACAAGUACAGCUUAACUCAGAACUCGGAAAGGACUUCAUGAUGCCAGACUUGUACUUGCGUGGUUGCAAGAAGACAUGCUUAAUGGUAUUUCUGUAAAAUAAAGUAAAUGGUUUUUAAAUAAA